AUGUCUGGACUCAACCCCCCUCUUCUCAACCCUGAGAUCAAAGCGACGUCAGAGUUUCCUCUGUUCGCUAAAUUUCCUACAGAAAUUCGAGACCAGAUCUGGGAACAGUCUCUCACGCAUGAGAGGAUUCUAAAGAUCUACCUCUGGAAUAUGUGUCCUUUUGAGAGCAAGGGCGACUGUUUCGUCGACCUUUACGACAUCCUUAAAUCCACAACGACUACCAGGCUAGACGAUUGGCAAAGGACGGGAACCAAUCCAGGGGGGACUCUAUACCUUCGACCGGAAUUGGAUACCAUAUGCAUGGCACUAACCGCGGGGUUUGGUCUCUUCGCUCACUGUGUUUGGGCCCUUGACCCUUUGCACGUUGGCCUCAUCAACAUUUCCCCUAAGGCAGUGAUUAUAUUUCCGGAUGGUGUUGUAGAGGGGCGCCUAUGGAAGGAAGGCGUCUCUAGGUUGCAAAAUGUUAUCUUUUUUGAACUCUUUCCGGCCCGUCAAGUCGCACGUCAACAAGUAGGAAUCCCAGGCUUGAGCCCAGGACCUUGGCUCCCUGUUUCUGUCAAUAUAUCCAGUUUCGACCGACUACCACAAGAUCCGAGGGUCCUGACCAGCAGGUUUACGCCUCUCUACCUACCAAUGGAGAGGCUUAAAGCUCAGGUUGCAUACUGGUUCCGUCUACUGGAAGAAGAACACAUUUCAAUGUCACACGAAGUCAACUACAGUUGUAUGUUUGGCUUGGAAUACGCCUCAUAUGAACAUCACCUGGACAUGCCUACGGCCGGGCGGCAUGCAACUGAGGGGUAUAUCCAGAAAAUUGGAGAAAGAGGAGUGCAGCCCGCAAUUGGCUUCUGGCUCUUGCCAAUGGAAUGUCUGGGAUACUUGAGAGAUGAUGAUGGCACGUUCACUAGCAGUGACGAUGAUCCAAAUCUGGAUGAGUUGAAGUUCAAGUUUGAACUGUGUCUCAGUAGACUAACUUGA